AUGCUUGCAUUGUCGACACAAUUACCGAUCCCUGGAGAAGCGGCAUUUCCGCUUAACAGUAUGUACAAGGCACCGAAAAGCAAAAUGGAGGAAGAGCAGAUGCGUGGAUACUUACAACAAUUGAGGCAAGAGUUGGGACAACGAUUGUGUGAGCUAGCGUUUCCCGAUCCGGCUGCAAAACCCACAAAGCCUGAAGGAGCUAACGAUUUCGAGUACGAUGGCGACUGCGGAGACCGAGAUGGUUUCGAUUUUGGUUUUGGUGAUUCACGAAAAGGACGGGGUCGUGUCGCAAUCGAUCGCGAUGGAUCGAAAAGUUUGCGCUUUUUCUCGCAUCGUGUUUGUGAUAAAGUGAAACAGAAACGACAAACCACGUAUAAUGAGGUUGCUGAAGAGCUUGUUCAAGAAUAUUUCGAUUCGAUGCCUCCACAGAGUGCCGACAAACAACAACACGAUGUGAAAAACAUUCGGCGACGAGUUUACGAUGCUCUCAAUGUACUCAUCGCGUUGAAUAUUGUAGCAAAAGAGAAAAAGACGAUCCAUUGGGUUGGACCGGCUACGGAAGCUGACGAGGAUUUAGAUGACGAAAUGAUAGAUGAUGACAAUGAGGCAAUUGAGAGAAAGGAGGCUCGAAUUCGUGAGCUUCUCGGCGAACUCGUCGGGUUUAAGAGUCUUGUCGAGAAAAAUCGGAAUGACGAGCAAAAGCUUGGUCGACCACACGAGGACGCGAUCACUUACAUGCCUUUCGUCGUCAUUGGCACCGAUAAAAACACUUAUGUAAACUGCAGCAUUUCGCAUGAUAAAUCGGAGCUACUUUGCGAUUUCAACGAAACAUAUCAGGUAACCGAAGAUCAAAAAGUCCUCGAGCAACUCGGUCACACGUAUGGAGUUCAAACGGGAGUGGUGGAAGCAAGUAAUAUUAUGCGAGUAAGAUCUUUGGUACCAAAAGGUCUCCGUCACUAUCUUCCCUCGUUGCCUGAAGGAGCUGCUGAUGUGCAACAAGGCGAAUUGCAACCAUUUUACGCUGGCUUCGACUAC